AUGGACGCAUGGGUUUCCAUUAACUUAAACUGGGGAAUGAUGUUCCUCAUGCAGACCACUGCUGGGAUCCUAGCCAACUCCUUCCUUUUUCAUCUCUAUAACUUUCCACUGUUCACUGCACAAGUGUUGAGACCCACAAACCUGAUUCUCAAUCAGCUGGUCAUAUCAAACAAUCUGGUUCUUUUCUCCAAAGGGAUCCCUCAGACUGUGGCCACGUUUGGGUUGACAUCUUCCCUGGGGGAGUCUGGUUGCAAAUUUAUCCUGUACUUACACAGAGUGGCCAGAGGGGUCUCCCUGAGCACCACCUCCCUCCUCAGUGGCUUUCAGGCUGUUAAGCUUCACUCAGAUACUUCUGAGUGGCUGAACCUCAGAACCAGAUCCUCAAAGUGCAUUGGUGCCUGCUGUUUCCUUUGCUGGAUCCCACAGCUUGUGCUCAACAUCCCUGUUUCCAUGACUAAAACUGGUCCCCCAAAUAGAAAAAAUCUGAGUGCUAAUGGAAUCUAUAGAUACUGUUCCUCAACCAGGCCUGAAAGACUGACUUUCUUAAUAAAAGCAGCGAUUUUAUCCCUAAGUGAUAUUCUGUGUCUGGUCAUCAUGGCCUGGGCCAGUGGUUCCAUGGUCCUUGUUCUGCAUAAGCACAAGCAUCGCGUCCAGCACAUCCAUAGCCACAGCCUCUCCCCAAGACCUUCCCAUGAGGACAGAGCCACACGAACCAUUCUGAUCCUGGUGACCAUGUUUCUCUCCUUUUACUCACUAGCUUCCCUCUUAUCUCUUUGGAUAACCCAGACUGUGAACCCAAGCCAUUGGCUGCUGAAUAUCACUGUGUUAUUGUCCCUGGGCUUCCCAGCACUCAGUCCAUUCGUGUUCAAUUUCAAUUAUAUCCGUGUCCUUCCCUUUUGCUCUGUGGUAUGCACAAAGAAAGCAAACCAUCCAACUAUGGUCUCUGAGUUUGGAGGUUCCUCCAGUUCACGUCAACUUUAA